AUCAUCUCAGCCAGCUGACGAUUACCUGUAAUGCUCUGGAGAUCAUCUGAGAGUUCCAUGUGUUACAGCAGUGGCUUGGCUCAGUGUCAGCGGCUGUGAGGAGUCUCUUGACGCUUGUCCCUUGACCCUCCUACACUGAACUCUGCCAAACUUGACGCAGCGCUGGAAUCUGUCGGGAAAACUUUUCACUUUCGUGGACAUCUUUCUUUUACAGUGGAGACACACCUCUAACCAGAAACAACAGGUGAAUUUCUAACCAGGAACGAGACAGAAAACUAACGGGACAAUGAACGGGACAAUGAACGCCACGCAACCCCCUGAAGUGUGCGUUAAAAUUGGAAAAAGCGCCAUCAGUGACCUCCUGAUGGCCGUUUACAUCCUGGUUUUUAUAUUCGGUUUGGUCUUCAACGUGCUGACUCUGGGCCCCAUCUGGCAACAAGUUCGGCGGCAAAACAUUUUGGGCAUCUUCCUGCUCAACCUGUCCCUCUCCGACCUGCUUUUCCUCUUCACUAUGCCCCUGUGGAUCAACUAUUACCACAUGGACCACAACUGGAAGCUGGGUGUUUUGUCUUGCAGCGUAGCAGGCUUCUUCUACUACUCCAACAUGUACAUAAGCAUCUACCUGCUCUGCUGUAUCUCGGUGGAUCGUUGCAUUGUGGUCACGUAUCCGCUCCGCUCCAAGACCCAACGCACGUCUCGCUACGCCUGGUUGAUGUGUGUCGUUGUUUAUGUUGUGGUGGUGGUGCUGCACAUCAUGGUGCUGAUCCAUGACAACCUCAAAGAUGCCCACGAUGACGAGAACAAACAUGACCGUUGUUAUGAGACCUACCCCAUGGAGUGGCCCAUUGCUGUGUUCAACCUGAUCAGAGUGGCCGUUGGCUUCCUGCUGCCCCUGCUGGUGCUGGCGGUGAGCUACUGGAGGGUGCUGGCUACUGUGGGCCAGAGUCCAGGCCUGAGUGCCCAGGCCAAGAGGAAGGUCCGCAUGCUGUCCUUCGGGGUGAUUGGGAUCUUCUCGAUUUGCUUUGCUCCAUAUCACAUUCUCCUGCUCGCACGUUCGCUAGCCUUCUUUUACAGUGACGACACAGACCCCGAAGGAACCUAUUGCCAGUUUGAGCAACGCAUGCACUUCUUCUUCUCGUGCACGCUGGCACUUUCCAGUCUGAACUGCGUGGUGGACCCUGUGCUGUACGCACUGGUCAGUAACGGGAUCCGGGAGGAGGUGAAACUCUGCUGCAGGAGGCAGAGAAGGACACGGGAGGAGGGUUGUACUUUAGCUUCAUACAGCAGAGGAAAGACAAAUAAUACUAAUUUAAUAUGAAACAUGAGCUGCACAUGAGUGGAAAAGUGCGUCUGCAUAUUCAUUUGCAUAUGUGUUUGUGUGUAAGCAUGUACAUGAUUAUGCAUAAUACUGUCGCUGUUUAAAGUCAUGUCUGCCUCUCCAGUUUUAGCCUGUGAGGAUUGAUGGAUUAUUCCUAAUCAGCCUUUGUCUGCGAUCAGAUAUCCACUGAAAGAACUGCAUUGCCGCCUUUGUUUUUCUCCUCCUUCAUAUCCUGCACGGAGGUUGAAUAAAAUGCAUCUCAGAGCUCUGUAAUUGGAUCGUAGCCUCAGGUUCUGCUCUCCCAAGAGUUCUCCAGCGAUGGCCACUUCUGUGUUUGCAAACGGACAAGACUGCAGUUGAAGAGCCCUUGUGUUUUACUUACAAUCUUUACAAGGAUGUUGAGACUGUGAUUGUGUGACCCUGGUAUAAAUAAUGCAUUAACUGUGAUGCAUGCUGUAAUAAUAAGCACUUAUGAGCAUGACUGCCUGACUGUGAGUAAAACGUGUCAAAUGUGAACUCAAAUAAACCAGUUGGAUCAGGUGCUCUGGUUUUAGGUUGUGUUUGGUUCAUGCAGAUACUAUGAGAUGAUCAGAGUUGCAGUUGACAUUUUAAACAUCUCCAAAGGGAGUGAAGGGCUCUGGAAAGAUCAGAUGCGAGCCAAGCCGGUGCGUGGGUGAUGGAAAUACAGGACAAAACAAGCCCGAAAGACAAAAAAAUGUUUCUCUUGUUGGCUGUA